AUGAGGCUGGACACCAACGUAACCCCUGUUAUCAGGCCAUCACCCAGAGUACCCCUUGCAAUGGAGGAGAGUGUUAGAAGAGAACUUGAUAGGAUGGAUAAGAUUGAAGCAAUCACACCGACGUGUGAACCAACUGAACACCAUUUGGAAGAUUCCGGUUUCUACGCAUGCUGCGCAUGCCGUUUUGCAUCACUUCUGCCUCAAAAGUCUUCCAGUGUGCGAUGGAAGAGCUGCUUGCUGGGGUAUCCCUGUGCCAUCAUCAUUGAUGACCUGUUAGUAUGGGGUGAGGGAACAGCACACCAUGAUGCAAACUUAAAGAGGGUGCUACAAAGGGUACAAGAUAUUAGCCUGAAACCAGCUCCAAAGAAGUGGACGUUCUGCCUCAACCCAGUGUCCUAUGUUGGCCAUCAGUUCACGAAUGGUGGUCUCAAGCCUGAUGAAGCCAAAGUUGCUGCUAUUAAAGAGAUGCUGACACUGGAUGGGCCAGAGCUUCAAAAGUAUGAUUUGAAGUUUAUCUACAAGAAGCAGACUGAAUUUUGCGUCGCAGACACAUUGUCAUGCACCUACAUCGAUGAGAAUUCCGAUUUCAAGGCUGAUAAGCAGAUUGACAUCCUGUCCCUUAAAUCAAUUUCUCCUGAACAUGUGGCUGAACUCAAGAGACACACUCUUGCAGAUCAGGCUGUGAUGCAGAGAGUUUCUCAUUUCAUUCCUAAUGGCUGGCCAGCAAAGCCCAAGAGUGUACCCCCAGAGGUACAGCCAUACUUUCCAAUCAGAGAUGAGCUGAUCAUGAACGAUAGAAUCAUUUUAAAAGGCCUGAGAGUUGUGGUUCCACAAGCCUUGCAUGAAGAGUAUAUUCAACAACUCCACAAGGGGCAUCCUGGGAUAGAUGCUACAAAGAGAGGAGCAAGAGAAACCGUGUAUUGGCCUUCUUUGAUGCUCAAUAUCGAUUGUGCCAUAGCAUCAUGCCAGCCUUGCAAUAGUGCUAAAACCUCACCAGCAGAAAGAAGCACUCGUUAUUUAACCAGUUCCAGAUCUCCCAUGGCCCCUUGUGAGCACAGACUCAUUUGA